AAUUUGACAGCCAGGGUGCAGGUUGGCAGCUCCCACCUUAGAUUUUAUUUUAAUUCAAAUAUUUAGUUAUUGUGUUGACAUGGCAUUUAACAUAUCUCAACUCAUUCAAGCUGCUGAGUUCCUAGAUAGAAGGGAAAGAGAAGCUGAACAUGGCUACGCAUCUACGGCCCCGAUGCCUGAAUAUUUGAGCAAGAAAAAGUCCAAACCCAAGAAAUCUCAGGGAAAUAGAUCUACCCACAACGAGUUAGAGAAAAACAGGAGGGCACAAUUACGUUACUGCCUUGAAAAGUUAAAAGAUGUGGUUCCAGUAGGAUCUGAUACUUCACGUCAUACAACAUUGGGACUCUUAACAAAAACAAAAUGUUUUAUUAGGAAUUUAGAAGAUGGUGAAAGGAAAAAAUUAAAUGCAAAAGAACAAUUAAAGAGAGAAAAGAGGUUCUUGCAAAGACGUUUAGAGGCGUUGUUGGAAGGCCAGUACAGGGUUAGACAGGAAAGAAGUAUCAGUGAAUGCAGCACAUCUACAAAUUCAACUACCUCUUCUACUUCCGAGUCAGAUGAAAUCGACAUCCUAGGCUAUGGCAGUGGUCAGAGUGACACAGAUGACCACAGUAGCAUCGAGAGUAGUGGCAGCGAUUAUUAUACUAAUACAAAACACCUAGGUUACACCACCUCACCCUUUGAGUCCCUAUGAAAAUGACAGGCGCCUUGGUUGACUGUCCCAGGAGAUUGUUAUACAGUUAACCAGGCUAAAUUGUUGCUAGCUGGUAAUGGUUGGAUGUGUUAUAAUUUGUGGGUGAAAGAAUAUCGUAACAAUUUUGUUGUAUAUCUGUGUAUGAAAGGAAGUGAAAAAGUGUCCAGUUUUUGUGCACAGAUCUGUUCAGAAAAUUUGCUGCAUGUUGACAGAAACAUGAUGACUGCAGUGGAAAGCAAAUUUUUUUGAGAGGAUGUUGUGUGUCAUCGUUUUAUCUGUUGUUAAUGUAUUAUCAAAUGUAAUUUUUAAAUAUCUCAUUUUUGUGAAGUUUAUAAAACAUGAAAAAAUACCAGUCUCCAGGAAAAUGGUAGAAACUGGAAGUAUUAGCAAACAAGUUCUCUAGACUGUACAUUGCAAAGCAAUUAAAAAAAACCUUAAUUAAAUUCAACACUUCAACUUCUGUGAAGCAUCAUUUGGAUUCUUUCAAAAUUAAGGGUGCAUUGUACAAACAUUUCUGUAUUGCAAAAAAUAGAUAAGUUUUAAAUGUUUCAUUCCAGUAAUUUAAGAAUUGGUCUUUAAACCAACGUAUUUGGUGAAAGCAAAAUGACAUGAAAAAAGGCAGCAUAUCUUGAUUCUUAACAAGGAUUCAUUGAAAUAUAUUCUUUGAAGUUCUAAAUGGAUAGUUUAUUUCCAUAGAGAAAAUGAUAAUGAGUGAAAGAGAGAAUUGUUUUUGGAUUUUGCAUGAUUUUGUUGUUGACAGCUGAUUGAAAAAGAGACAUGGGAUUUUUUGUGAACGCUACAGAUAACUUAUCUGUCAUCUGUAAAGAUAAUUUUAAAAACAAAAUCAUUAGUUGGGUGUAAAAAUCCCUGUGUUGCCAUCUUUAAAAGAUAAUAGAAAUUAGCCAAACUUAUUGUUUUCAGCAAAUGUUAAAGAAUAAUUGUAAAUAUUUUUUUAGCAUCAGCAGUGCUUGCUUUGUGAUCAUAGGAAUUUCAACAAUACUCAUUUUCAGAAAUGCCAUUGACUUGUCAAGAAAUUACUUUAAUAGUGAUGUGUACAAAUGGGAACUUGAACUGCAAAGGAAAAGAAAACAUGGAAAUUGGGAUAAUAACAACUACUAUAUUCAACUGUGGAGUUAAAAAUCAUUACAAUCUACAAAAUAUAUGAAUUUCUUUUUCUACAUUUAAGUUACCAAAGAAAAAUUAAUGAAAGAUGUUCUCUCAUUUGAUAUCAUGUUUGAUGAAUGGUGGAUGACCUAUAAGGAUACUAUGUACGAUAGCAUCAUGCUUUCGAGUUGGUGUGAAUUAAAGUCAUUUUAAGGGCUAUUUUAAGACUCUACAUGGCAGCUCCUACAAGUAAGGAUUACAAAAGAUGUGUAUUUUGGUAAAUAAUCUUCUGCUUUGGAGUUUUUAGAGUUCCUGGUUUCUUUCAUUUUCACACUAUAGUGAGCCGCGAGUUAAGUGUAUGACAAUGGAAGAAAGAUGUCUCAAAAACUAGGCUGUUAAGAAGAAUUUAUCAUUACCAAUUUUUGAAAGAAAUGGAUUGAGCGUUAAGUUACAGCACUCUUAUUGUGCUUAGAGCUUGUGAAAAAGUGCUUGAAUUUGCUAACUUGUGAAUUUUUACCGUUUUUUUGGGGGGGAGAGACAGUGAAUUGAAUUCGCAAAACAGAAAGACCAGGAAUGUAUAUACUGAUCUCAGAAAUAUUUUACGUUGUAUUAAAUCUGGUAUUAAUUAUUAUGUGCAAUCCACACUGUUCCUAGGCCAGGGGUCAGUUUGAUGAUUUUAAUUUCACUGAUAUGACUUGGAAAACUUUUAAUUUAAAGGUGGGGAAAAUCUGUACAUUGGGCGGUACAAAACUUGUGACUUCUUUUCUCUUUUUGUUCGUCUUCUAGCAACUUGUUGGGACAUGUAUAGCACAAUGUAUGACCUGUUUUUAUGUCGUGCAAGCUGCCAAAAGUUAUCUCAUCAUUUCUGCAUGUUACUGGAUAUUUAAUUAAGAUUUCCCCUCUCCUAUUGUUAGACUAUGUUCAUGUGUUUAUUUAAUCAAUCCUGUCGUAGGACCAAUAUAUUUAUUAUAAGAAAAAAAUAAUAUAUAGUAUGUUAAUUAUUUGUCCUUUGUAUAAUGCAUAAUGUCUUCUUCACAACUUUCCUUUAGAGAAAUUGUUGCGAGACAUACCCAGGUUUGCCCUCAAGGACUUGUUUUGGAAAUAGAGUGAUGGAAGAAAAUUUCUGUUGAAACUAAAGACUUGCAUCUUUAAAAUAUAGAUUGAGCCGUCCUUUUAUAUCAGAAAUAUUUCCCUGUCAUAUCUUAGUGCCUUGUUUCACAACUUGACAACAAUGUAUUGACACGAGUGAAUUGAUGCUUAUCGAGUGAAAAAUGCUGAAAUCUAGAAUCACUUGAUGUAUCAUGUUUUUGAAAAUGCAUAAGUGAUAUGUAAUUGAUGCUUUAAAAAAAAUCUUAAUUUCAAUGAAGUUCUUCAAAACUUGUCCUUGACUGCCAAUCUUAACUGAGACGGGAAAAGAAACACAAAGUGAAGCAGCUAUGUUUUCCUACGGAUAACACUUUUGUGUGAAAACGAAACUAUUUGUGUUUCAGUUAACAUGGGUAAUUUUAUUGCAUUAUAGUUUAGCUACAUCUGUGAUAUGUACGGAAAAGUGCAAAAAAAUUGAUAUUAUUGGUCAAUUGCUGACAGAAGUUCAUGUUCUACUUAAGGUGGGAAAAUACCCACCUGUCUUGGAUAAAAUUUUGAAAAUUAAGAUCAAAAUCUGUUUUUAAUUUAAUUAACAUUGCCCUCUGGCUUGCUUGAUCUGAUUUAUAAAAUUGUCGAUCAAAAAAAGUUUUUAUGUUGGUAUUGUAUAUUAUGUGAUUGUGUUUUCUUGGGCAAACAUUUCUGAUUUGAUGAAUCUGUUUCAUGGGAAUUUUUACGGAUGCUAUCUGUGGAGUUAAAUAUCUCUAACACAGGGUGAUGUUUUUUUUUUUGUGAGUGAUAGUAAUUGUGCUAUUCUUCUGUCAUUCAGUGAAAAUGUGAUUUUAUAUAACAUCAAUGUUUCCCGGUGUAUUCACUGUGAACAUAGAAAAUAACUUUAUAGAUUGUCUAAUUGGUGCAUUAAAAGUCACGCAAGAUUCUAUAACUGGUCUAAAUACAAGGAACUUUUGUACAAACAAUAUGCAAAGCAUAAUCGUGUGAAAGAGUAGCGCAGUUGUAACAUCUAAUGUGUCGUCAGGACAAAGUAAUUACACCUGUAUUAUCAUUCAAAAGAAAUAGUCACCAGCACAUAAGUUUGAAACUUACAUAACACUAAAUUAAAAGGUUCAGAUGAUUCUAAAUAGGCCCAAAUUAUAUUUUGUUGUAUAUUUUUAAAACUAAUUCAUGUAUGUUACAGUGCAGAAUGAGCCAAUAAGCUUGUGAAUAUUUUCCUGAACGUUUUUGUCACUUUUCCUAAAGCACAGAAAAAGUGACCAGCAACACUUGUAAUUAACAAAAGUUUGUGUAAAUGCAAUUUUUAACUGUUGUUAAAUGGAAGAUAUUUAUGACAAUGAAAAGUUAGUGAGACUUUUUCCUGUUUUUAAUAUUUUUGCAUGAAUGUUGUUGUAAGAGGAACAAAUGGUGAAAUGUUAAACCAAAAUUAAAAAAAAAAAAUUGAAGUAUAUAUUGGCAUGUGAUAAGUGUCCUCAAUGUAGAAGUAGGAUACAGUCCACUAUCCAGCGUGAGAGAUGUCAGAUGAUGAUGAUGCUAUACAAAGGUUAGAGUACUCACCUAGACUGUAAAUCUGUCUUCAAAAGUAUUGUUUCACUGUUCUCCAUUGAGAAUAAAGUGUAAUGAAUAUUUUA